AUGACCGCCACCAUAGUACAAUCGCCUCUCUCGUUACAACAGCACCUGGAGAUUGCCCCAGACCUAUCCAACAUCAUCCCGGAGAACCUCGAGGGGGAACUACAACCAUUGAUAAUGGCACAAGCGGUGCCUAAUCCGCCGAACGACAGAAAGAGGGUCAAGGUCUACGAGUUGAAAAAUAAUGACUGGUUCGACAGAGGCACCGGCUUCUGUGUCGCGUCUUUCGCAUUCGUACGUAUACCUGUCCCGUACACCUCGCGCAUCUUCAUACUUGCGCCUCCGUCACGUCUGGUAUAUCGCAGUCGACCGAAUGUCCUGCUAACUCCAGUCGCGCAGAAUGAAGUCACUCGUCAGGAAGAACCGCGCGUGACUGUCCAGUCGGAGGAGAAGCCAGACGUCACCCUUCUUGAGACUCGAAUCUGCAAGGAAGAUUCGUUCCAGAAGCAGCAAGGUACAAUCCCAUCGAGAACCUGUUUGUGGGCCGAGGCUGAUAUCGGCUUUUUAGAUACCCUCAUAGUAUGGACCGAACCAACAACUUCGGUGGACAUGGCUUUAAGCUUCCAGGAAUCCGAGGGCUGUGCUACCAUCUGGAAGUUCGUCAACAACAUUCAACAGCAGCUGCUCGCGAUUGGCGGACCGGAUGAUGCCUUGUCCGACGAUAUCUCCGUCGAUCCCUUCAAUAACUCACUCUCCAUGCCAAACCCAGGUCUUGGUAAUCUCGCGGAGAUCGAACAUACCAUGCGAGGCUUACACCAAACAAAUCAGGGUCGGGAGUCUCUGACAAAGUUCGUUAUAACCGAGGAAUACAUCCCGAAGUUGAUCCCUUUGGUCGAAAUGGCCGAAGAUAUGGAGGAUCUACCGAGUCUGCACCGACUAUGCAAUAUCAUGAAGACCCUGAUAUUGUUGAAUGAGAGCAGCAUCAUGGACCUCGUGGUAUCGGACGAGUUGAUUUUGGGUGUUGUAGGGGCCUUGGAGUACGACCCGGACUUCCCAAGCCACAAGGCAAACCAUCGUCUCUGGCUAGGAAAGGAAGGCAGAUAUAAGGAAGUGGUCCGAAUCAACGAUGACACCAUUCGCAGGAAAAUCCACGCUACAUAUCGGCUGCAGUACUUGAAGGAUGUUGUGCUUGCGCGGAUCCUGGACGAUCCUACUUUCUCCGUACUUAAUUCUUUGAUUUUCUUCAACCAGGUCGAUAUUGUCACACACUUGCAAACGAAUCCAGCUUUCCUCAGUGAGCUAUUUGGAGUAUUCGGACCAGAAGAACCCGACCAAGAGAGGAAGAAGGAAGCCGUACUCUUUAUCCAACAAUGCUGUGCCAUUGCGAAGAACCUGCAACAACCCGCGAGACAACAGCUUUAUAACAACUUUCUGGGACAAGGAUUGCUCUCGGUAAUCAACUUUGCACUUCGACAUAGCGAUGUCGGUGUUAGAGUAGGAGGCACCGACGUACUGGUCUCGAUGAUUGAUCACGAUCCUCAGAUGGUCCGCCAAACUAUAUUCCGACAGAUCAAUGAGAAGCAGACACCCCUGACUGAUUCUUUGAUUGACCUGCUCCUCGUAGAAGCCGAUCUAGGAGUCAAAGCACAAAUUGCUGAUGCUAUCAAGGUUCUGCUUGAUCCAGGAUCUCAAAGCAGCCCACUAGACCAUAUGGCGAGGCACAAUGGUGAUCUUGCAAGAAUGCGACCUCAUCCCGACCCACAACAAGCAGAGUUCGUCAAGGAUUUUUACGAUGACUCGGCCAAAAAGCUGUUCAAGCCUCUGGUAGACUUGAAAUAUAGAAAGAACACGGAAUUCAGUGUAAAUGAAGUAUCCCUCUUCAUCUACCUCAUCGAAAUCCUCUGCUUUUUCGUUCGGCAGCAUACCCAUCACAGCAAAUACUUCGUACUCUCCGAGAAGCUAAGUCACCGUAUUGCUCAGCUUCUCUCAAGUACGGAGAAAUAUCUGCGAUUGACUGCUUUGAAAUUCUUCCGCAAUCUAAUUGGACUCCAAGACGAAUUCUACAAUCAACAAAUGACCCAAGGCAUGCUUUUCGAGCCAAUCUUGGACUUGGUUUUGGAGACAAUGCCGCGCGACAACCUUCUGAACUCAGCUUGCCUGGAAUUUUUCGAGCACAUCAAGAAGGAAAACAUCAAGACCAUCAUCAGUCAUUUGGUGGAGAAUUACAGGGAGAAGCUGGUGAGAAUCACAUACGUAGAUACCUUUAGCAACUACAUCAUGCGAUUUGACCAGACCCAAGGAUUUGCUCCGAACGCAGAGGCUCCGCUCCUGGAUACCGAAGAGGACACGCCACCCAAGCGUCCAGAAGCAGGCAGAGGAGGCAGAUGGCACCCAGGUAUCAAAGACCUUGAUGACCAGGAGGAAGAAUACUAUAACACUUCGGAUAACGAAGAAGACACCGCUGUCAAGGUGUCGCCUAGCCGCCCGGAUUCUAACGGCGCUUCACCGGCAUCUAAACCAUUGGUUGAUUACAACUCCGAUGAAGAGAAUGACAUGGAAACGGAUAUUUCGGCCGGCAUCCUUGGAUCAGAUGAGAACACGCCCCCUACACCGCAACCGAAAGAUGAUAGUAACGGGCUUUCCACUCCGAUAAAUUCACUAGUUCAGUCACCUCCUGAGAAGCUCUCCGAAAAACGCCGCCGAGAAGAGGAAGACGAUGAUGAGUUAAGCAAGCUUUCGCACCCCAAACGUCGGAAUUCGACAAGCUCUGUGGCAUCGAAUACAAGCAGCGUCUUGAGAAAGAAGAGAAGCUUUAGCAGCAGCCCGAACGGAAACGCUGGCGGCAAAGGCAAGAUUGCUAUCAGUAUUUCCUCCGCUAUCAAGACAGUUGGGGAGGGUCCCGGCGGUGGUGACAGUGGCAGUUGA